AUGACACGCCGCCUCGGUCGCGACGAGUACACGGUGGGCUGGGUCUGCGCGUUGCCGGACGAGUUCACUGCAGCACAGGAGAUGCUUGACGAAGAGCACCAAGACCUCCUCCCGAACGGCAGCGACGCAAACAUAUACACGCUCGGGUGCAUCGGGGAUCACCAUGUCGUCCUAGCGUGCCUGCCUGCGGGUCAGACUGGCACUAACCUCGCAGCAGCAGUCGCUGUGCAGUUGAAGGCCACUUUCCCAGCUAUUCGAUUUGGGCUGAUGGUGGGAAUCGGAGGCGGUGUUCCAAGUAAAGAAGCAGACGUUCGGCUUGGGGAUGUUGUGGUCAGCCAGCCGGGAAAUGGUCAUGGUGGAGUGGUCCAAUAUGACUUUGGAAAGUCAACGCCAAAAGGGUUCGAGCAAACCGGCUUUCUUAAUACUCCCCCCCAAGUUCUCCUUGCCGCCGUCACGAAGCUUCGUUCUAACCAAGAUCGAGGGAGAGGGAGUCUAUCUCCACACCUGUCGAAGCUCAGUAAAAUUUGCAAGUUUGCUCGUGAUGAAGCAGGAAGCGAUGUGCUUUUCGAAGCGGAAUACAAUCAUGUUGGAGGGGACAACUGUGCAUCAUGCGCGGCCACAGGAAAGAUACAGAGAGAGGAGCGGACAAACAACAUGCCCAUGGUUCACUACGGCACGAUCGCAUCAGGGAACCAGGUGAUGAGGGAUGGUGUGAUACGGGACAAGAUCAGCUCAGAGUUUGGAGGGGUCCUCUGCUUUGAGAUGGAGGCAGCCGGCUUGAUGAACAACUUUCCGUGCCUGAUAAUCCGCGGGAUCUGCGACUACGCCGACUCACAUAAGAGUAAGAGAUGGCAAUCGUACGCUGCCGGCGCCGCGGCAGCGUACGCAAAGGAGCUGCUGCAGGUUAUUCCAGCAGCUAAUGUAGCGAGGACGCAGACCGCUGAUGAAGCAGCAAGAGGUUACCAGGCGACUUGUUUCUACCUCCCCUUCCCACGAAACCUCCAGUUUAUUGGUCGGAACACGGAGCUUAAUAAGCUGAAAGAAAAGCUACUUGUGAAUAAAGAUUGUCAAAAGGUGGCGCUUGUUGGUCUCGGUGGCAUCGGCAAGACACAGAUCGCGCUACAGUUGGCAUACUCUGUUAAGAAAGACUAUCCAGAGUAUUCUAUCUUCUGGAUACUAGCGCCGAGUAUGGAAACGUUUGAGCAAGGAUGCGCGGAAAUAGCAGGAGCAUUAGGGAUACAUCAGUCGCAGGAGAGUAAGGAGGACAUUAGAAAGCUAGUACUACAACGGCUGAACGCAAAGACCGCAGGCAAGUGGCUGUUAAUCGUUGACAAUGCUGAUGACCAGGACCUUCUGCACGGGGCUGGGCAGGGGAAAGGUCUGUUAGACUUCUUGCCAGAAAGCGAUGACGGACUGACAGUAUUUACGACUCGGCAUUAUGGGGUUGCACAAUCUGUAGCAGGCAGCAAUGUGGUUGAGGUAGAAAAGAUGGAGACACAAGAGGCGAUAAAUUUGCUAAACAAGUCGUUAAUCCGAAAUAGCCUACCUAAAAACGAUACGCUCAUGAUAGAUCUUCUUACCGAGCUGGACUAUCUCCCAUUAGCCAUCACUCAGGCGGCUGCAUACAUUAACACGAACAAAAGUUCUAUAUUAGAAUACCUCCAGCUGUUAAAGAACACAGACCAGGACGCUAUCGCUACCUUAAGCAGAGAAUUCUAUGACAACACACGGUACAAGCACUCGGCGAACGCGAUUGUGAAGACAUGGACAGUAACCUUCAACCAAAUUCUGAAGCACAAUACAUUGGCGGCAGACCUUCUCGCCUUCAUUUCUUACAUUGAAUGGAAGGCAAUUCCAUCUUCCAUCUUGCCCGCAGUUCACCCGGAAGCACAGAUGGCAAGUGCUAUUGGC